CCUAACUCCCCUCACCACCACCUUCUUAAUUGAUAAUUUCCACUGCACCUAGCUAGCUUAGCUAGACCCAUUUUCAAUUCCUUUGGUCAAUAAAUGGAAGAGGACGAUCAAAAGGAGUUGCAGUUACUUCCUGCUCCAUACUCUCUACCUUCUUCUUCAUCAAUCAUGUCAUCUCGGCCAUCUGAUUCUUCUUCGUCAAGGUAUCGAUCAACGGUGUCUGAUCGUAACUCCAGCUUUCACGGCCAAGCACUAGACCUGCAGUUAUCAAUCAGCUUAAGGCCAAUCCAGCCACCUUCGGAUUGUAUUCUCUCUGGUCCUAGUCUCUGUGCAUGCGACGAUGUCAAGUCCGAGACGAGCUGUGUCGAUGCUUUGAAAUGGCAGGCGGCGGAGCAAGUUCGGCUGGCGGGGAUAGAGAAAGCGUAUGCAGAGCGAGUGAGGGAGCUGACGAGGAGAGAAAUGGAGUUGGCGCAGUCGGAGUUUGCGCGAGCAAGGCACCUGUGGGAGAGGGCCAGGGAAGAGGUGGAAAGAGCAGAAAGAAUGAAGGAGAGGGCGACGCGCCAGAUAGACUCUACGUGCAUGGAGAUCACUUGCCAGUCUUGCAGGCAAAGGUUCCGGUCUUAAAUAGUACUGCUCAAGCUGGGAUAUAUAUAGAAUCCGGCAUUCAGUUCAGGGCGUUCAAGGCAAAGGCCGAUCAAGUAAAUUUGUAUGCAAAUUUGGGUUCUUGGGUUUCUGCAAUAACAAUUAUCUGUAACAAAAAGUUAAGUACAAGCUGAUAAAGCCCACAAUUAAUAAAAAUGGCAGGAGAACUUCGCAAUGAACUUUUCACUUUUAUCUGCGUGAUCUGUAUAUCCUGAA